CCGACGUCUCGAGUCGAAGUAAUCGUCUCGCCGGUCGCUGCUACUCGCCGCGAAGUUAUGGCUCGACGGCAGGAAUUUAGGUAUUAUGUAAGAUAAAGACGAGGAAUAACUAAUAAGAAGAUUAAGAAAGUAAAAGUGAUUUGCAGUUACAUUGCUGUUUUAAAUUAGUUUAUUUAUACAAAGAUGGAGAAAAAAGAAAAAAAUUUUUCUUCAAAGCAUUCACAGACAUCGCGAGAUAAGUAUGAUGAGAAGAUCGAUAUAUCAUCUAACAUGCAAAUACUGUUCGAAAAACAUUUUAUCAUCUCAAAUGUGCAACAAGAUAGACAAACAUAUGUAUUACCUCAGGUAGAGUCUAUGUUUACAGAACCACCAUGGCAGCUGAACACAUUGCAGAAAAUAAAAAGAGAUCUGAAUGAAGUGAAGGGUCGCCUGAACAAUUUUAAUCUCAGCAAAUGGCAGCAGCACACAAAUCGAAUGAAUGAAGCAGGUGAAGUUGUAUCCAUGGUAAGAGAAAAUAUACAAGCAGAACUUGUGACUCAAGCCUGGUGCAAGUUCUAUGAAAUUGCUAGCAAUUUUUCUCUGGUGCCAUUGAAUGAAAUUUACCGUGAAGUAGACAGUAAAAGUUUCAAGUCCGUGCAUCUUUGCGAAGCGCCAGGUGCAUUUGUGACUGCUCUGAACCACUGGCUGAAGACAAAUGCACCUGAUGUUCAGUGGAAUUGGCUAGCCACCACUUUAAAUCCUUACUGUGAAGGAAAUUCGUACGAUAGUAUGAUCGCAGACGAUAGAUUUAUCAGACACACUCUGAAACAUUGGUGCUUUGGCGCCGAUAACACGGGAAAUAUUAUGGAUCUGAAAAAUGUAGAUACUCUGGUGAAGAAAUCUGAGUCCCUGGAUAGUGAAGGACGGAUUCUACUGGUCACCGCGGAUGGUAGUAUAGACUGCAUGAAUUUGCCUGGAGAGCAGGAGAGCACUGUAGCACAAUUGCACUUGUGCGAGACAGUGGCCUGCUUGCAUCUCCUGCAAAAAGGUGGUAAUUUCUUGCUGAAGCUCUUUACUCUGUUCGAGCACAGCUCCGUGUGCUUGAUGUAUCUGCUGUCUUGUGCCUUCCAACAGGUCAGCGUAACGAAACCAGCGACCAGCAAAGGAGGAAACUCGGAAAUGUAUAUUGUUUGUAUGAAUUUCAAGGGCAGAGAUUACAUAGCACCGUAUUUAUGUACACUUAAGUAUUAUUACGGCAAGGUGCCACCUGUGAAUGCAAUGUUUAACCUGCGGGAUAUUCCAGAUGGCUUUUUACGGAGGAUUGAACAGUGCAGCAAAUUUUUCAAGUUUCAUCAGUGCCGGGUCAUAGAGGAUAACAUAAGAACGUUUCACACGAGAAAUAAUUUUUCUACAUCAUUUAUCAAACGAAUGAUCAGUAUCAAAUAUCUCAAAAACUACAGAUUAAAAAAAAUAGAUUCUGCGGACGAAAUAGUCGGCCGGGAGAUAAUUGAAAAAACCAACAAUCAAUUUAUGAAUAAAAAAUUCCACGUCGAUUCGUACAAUGAGCGUUGCAAAAGUCAAGACUUGGAACCGGAAGAGCGUUUGUAACAAGUAUGGAAUAAUGCAAAAGAGAUUGAAUGGCCGUCAAAAAAAUUUUAUAUUUGGAAUCUACAGACAUUACCAGAAUCUUUAGAGAUACAAACGGGAAAGUUGUUUAACAAAAUAUGCAGUUCACGCUUUUGCGACUUGAAAAUUCUGCAAAUAUUGGAUAAAAUUGAUAACGCAAUGCAAGAUAUGCACAACACCGUCUGCUUUCCACCAGCAGAAAUUAUGAGAGAAUUCGUACAACAUAUCGAUCAAAGCUAUGAGAUAUUAAGCUUCCAAUUCGUACAAAAUUACGAUAGUUAUCGGAUAAUUACCGAAAUUUAUGAUCGAUUAAAGAAGCUCGAAUCCGAGCAAACACUCAUUUUAAUUGGUUACUCUUUAUUAACGCAGUUCAAUAUUGGCCUUCUAUAUCUUUUAGGAAAUUCCUUUAAUAAAAUUAUUGUUGAGAUUCAUGAUAAUGAAGGCUAUCGUCUUAAAUUGGAGAAUUAUCGGCGCAAUGAGAAAGUACUGGAAUAUUUAGAUGAAAUUUUGAUCACAUCUCAUAACGCACGUGAACAAGAUAUGGCAGUUUUGUCAAUAAUACCUAUAACAGUUUUAUAUGAAUGCAACAAGUUUCCUAUGAUGAUGCUACUUAAUCAUCUGAUGAUCAAACUAUAUGCUUGUCAUGUUAUCAAUACGAUACUUGAUAAAAAGUUAUAG